AAGCGCCAACCCGGAAGUUUGGAUGCUCUCUGUAGCCGCACGUGCUCCAGUCCGCCUCGCGGGGAAGGGGGGCGGAGUUCCAAGGACCCUCCCGGCCGGCCAUGAGCUCCCGGGCAGCAGUGGUGAUUGGCGAGAUGCAGGCAGGGGAUGGUCCGGACAGGGAGCCUUGCUCGUCUGACGACGGCGGCAGCGACGGCGCCUGGGAGGAAGACGACGAGUCGAAGGCGCCCGCGGUGGCCUCGUGCCUCUUCUGCGACAGAUUUUUCAGUUCAGCUGAAGAUACUUUUUGCCAUUGUACAUCAGAUCAUGGGUUCAAUAUUGGAAAUCUGGCUCAUAAACACAGACUCGAUUUCUAUGGUUACAUCAAGCUAGUGAACUUUAUUAGGCUGGAAAAACCAACUGUAGAGUAUUUUAGUUCUAUCAAUACCCCAUUUCCUUGGGAGGAAGAAAAAUAUCUGAAGCCUGUCCUGGAAGAUGACCUCUUGCUCCAGUUUGAUAUAGAAGAUCUCCUUGACUCCACUGACAUCUUUUGUUCUAAUGGACUAACUGAGACUUCGUCUCCCAUUGAGCGUUUGAAACAUGCAGAGCACAAAGCAGAGCUGGCAGAAGCAGCAUUGGCCAGAGCCCAAGAAGAUCUUCAAAAAAUGAGACAAUUUGCCCAGGAUUUCGUGAUGAACACAGAAGUCAGAAGUGGCGCCAUUGCGGACCUAAAAGAGGAUGAGGAAGAUGGUUACUUCAGCUCAUAUGGCCACUACGGGAUCCAUGAAGAGAUGAUAAAGGAUAAAGUACGCACAGAAAGCUAUCGUGACUUCAUAUAUCAAAACGCCCACAUCUUUAGAGAUAAGAUUGUCCUGGAUGUUGGUUGUGGAACUGGAAUCCUUUCCAUGUUUGCUGCCAAAGCGGGUGCAAAGAAGGUGAUAGGAGUAGACCAGUCUGAAAUUAUCUAUCAAGCUAUGGACAUCAUUAGACUCAAUGGACUGGGAGAUACUAUUUCUUUGAUCAAAGGAAGAAUUGAAGAAGUUGAUUUGCCCGUUGACAAAGUGGAUGUUGUCAUAUCCGAGUGGAUGGGUUAUUUCCUUCUCUUUGAGUCAAUGCUGGAUUCUGUCAUUUAUGCAAGGGACAAGUACCUGGCAAAAGGAGGCUCAGUGUAUCCUGACAUCUGCACCAUCAGCCUGGUGGCUGUCAGUGACCUCAAGAAGCAUGCAGACAGGUUAGCUUUCUGGGAUGAUGUGUAUGGCUUCAACAUGUCCUGCAUGAAGAAGGCUGUCAUUCCAGAAGCUGUUGUGGAAGUGUUAGAUCCAGGCACGCUUAUAUCUGAAGCUUGUGUCAUCAAGCGGAUAGAUUGCCAUGUUGCAUCGGUUUCAGAACUGAAUUUUUCAUCAGACUUCACUCUGAGAGUAACAAAGACUUCAGUGUGUACGGCAGUUGCUGGAUAUUUUGAUAUAUAUUUUGAGAAGAAUUGCAGUAAAACAGUAUUGUUCUCAACUAGUCCCUGCUGUACCAAAACACACUGGAAGCAAACAGCAUUUUUUUUGGAGAACCCAAUUUCUGUGGUAGAAGGUGAAGAACUGAAAGGAAAGAUUACAGUCCACAAAAACAGAAAAGAUCCACGUUCCCUCAUCAUAACACUUUCACUGAAAAAUGUGAAGCAGACAUACAGUCUUCAGUGAGGACUACUCCACAGCUGGCUUUGAAAUGUAUAAAAUGAAUAAAAACAAUGGUUGUUUGGAUCAACAACUUCGAAAUACGUUUUUCUGGAAAUGAUAGUGCUAGAAAGUGUGUUCCCAUAGACUGUUGGUUCUUCUCUGCAGGCCAUUUCAUACAAUCCAAAGCAGUUAGUAGAAGAAACCACGAGGGAAUUAAGUUUAUUGCAAGUCUGCUAUCGUGGACGUGAGCAGCGCAAUUUUUAAAAAAUACUUUUGACCUGUUAAUGAAAUCAUACUAAGUUGUACUCAGAGUAGAUUCAAUGAAAUAAAUGAAUUGAAGAUAUGCAUGACUAAGUCAGUUGAUUUCAAUGGGUCUACUCUGAACAUGGCAUUGUUGGAUACCGUUCUUGGAUAGUUAAGUAUUUAGAAAAAUAGCCAAGGUUCUUGACAAGGAAUCUUCUGGGAUUUACUUAUUGCAAUUCCCCCCCCCCCCCAAGUUUUGGCCUCCUUUAGAUGGGCAAAACAUUAUUUUUCCUCAAGUAUUUUUAUAUUAAAACUCAAAAAAUAAAGUUUUUUGUAUUGACACUAUAAAUUUAUUAUGUGUCUUGACUAUGAGAUUUUUGUAUUGAGCCACCUGUUGAGACUUUGAGGUAUCAGUAUUGUCAAUUCUUUGUUUUGCUAACUUGUCACACUUGAUAUUAUAUGCCCUUCUACAUACAGAAUAAUAUCCCAUCACCCAUUAAGAUUGUCAUACUUUAAACCUGGAAACUAUAACAAGACAUGCACAAUACAUCAUGACAUACUAUUGCCUAUCUGCUGACACUCCAACUGAUUCAGAAUACGGCAAUUGCCAUUUGUAAUCAGUGCUGCUGCUUACAGUACAUUGAUUUGAGUUAAAGACCAAUCUGGUUUUAACAUGCACCUGGAUUCUUUGGCUACCUGAAAUAAAGAAUAGCAAAAAUGGG